AGGGACCUGGGAGUAUUGAAACUGGACUGUAAUGCAAUAUCACUGCGGCUCUAGCUAACGGUGGCUAGCAUCUCAAAAUGGCACUGAUUGCGCAAACGGAUGUUUGAAAGAUGGAACAAGGGUUGACCUUUGGGAUUACAGUGACAAGGAAGUGGGUGUGGGCCUGCUGCAACACCUGCUUGAAGGGACAGGUAACUUAUUAACAGCAAGUAAGGAGCAGAGGAUUUACAACACCUGGGCCUGUUGCAGAGAGGAGAAUGAAUACCUGACGUCACUGCAGUGUCAUUCUGACCUUCUGAUUACCUCAAUCCAAAUUGUACUUCCUUGUGCAUGCAUACACUCGGACACUGAGUGUCUCUCCAUUACAUGCUCCACAAGAAUCCAGGGUGCUGUAAACAAGGAGACACAGACAACGGACACGUGCUCGGAUCACAUGCAGACAAUCAGCCCUGGGCUCGCUUUGCUUAGGUAGUAGUGGUGGCAAAUAGGUGGUAGUCGCUCUGACCAACAACACUCUGUCAGCGGUAAAUAUGGAGCCUCUGGAGGAAUACCACUCUCCAUUUGACUUUGAACAAGGAGUCAACUCCAGCUACCUCUAUCUCUCCCCAGCAUACAGCGACACACCGCCCAGCUCACCAGCUGUCAAAACCAGAGGUCCCCAGGAGCAGCCUGAGUCCGUCCCAGAGGUGGGAGAAGAUGCUGUGACGGCCGUCGGUCCCUCCCCUCCUCCCCCCGCCAUGACAGAGGAAGAGCGUCAGGAGCUACAGGAGGAGCUGGCCAAGGUUGAAGAUGAGAUCCAGACUCUGACCCAGGUUCUGGCAGCCAAAGAGAAGCAGUUGGCAGAUAUUAAGAGGAAGCUGGGCAUCACGCCUCUCAAUGAGCUGAAACAGAACAUCAGCAAAACCUGGCAGGAGGUCACUACUUCCACUGCCUAUAAGAGGACUUCUGAGACUCUGUCUCAGGCGAGUCUGAAGGCCACGGCAGCCUUCUCCAAUAUGGGCUCAGCCAUCAGCAGGAAGCUCGAGGAUGUCAGCAUGCACUCUUUACCACACUCGGCUAGCAUGCCUGCCAUGAGGAAUGCGCCAACUUUCAAGUCAUUGGAAGAGAAAGUGGAGACACUGAAGACCAAGAUGACUCCUUCAGGGUCCACCAGUGAUGCCGGCAGCCAGGACAGCGGUGGUCCUCCAGCCACCGAGUCUUUCCUCACCCAGCCCGAGGACUCGCCCAUCCCAGGAGACGACGACGCACUGAGACCAGUCUAACCCGUCCUCACCUCCCCCACCUCCCCCCGUCCCCUCCUCACAUGACCCUGUUGACCCUCCUGAGCCUUCAUACACUCCCCUCUCUCUCCCCCAAACUCUUGUGUGCCAGUCUCCCUUUAUUGGAAACAAAUGACUUCCCCCAAGCUUCCUGUGUGAUUUAAUUGUCUGCUCUUUUCCCCUGACACGUGCGCUCACUUGUUAGCUAGCGUGGAACCUGAAAGCAUGGGAUGGGUGCAGGCAUGCGGUCUAGCGCCGGUCGUAUAUUUCCGAGUGUGUCCAGGCUCACUGUGGGAGAAAUCCUCCCCGCUGUCCUUUUUUCCUCUCUACUCCUUAUCUCUCUGCCUUUGUCUAACCAGCAAAGCUCAGAUGCCAAACAUGCUCCCAACUUUUAUUUUUUUUCUUUUAACACUUUAAUGUUUAUUUGAGUGUAGAAAAUUGCACAAAAGCAGAAUAUUGUACGCUUACAAACUUUGUUAGAGAAGGAUUAACACUUCCUUUGUAUGUGAACCAGGCAGUUGUUGGCUUAAAGCGUCUGCAUGGCCCUAUAUUAUUAGUUUGUUAGUUAUUCUUGAAAGCACUUGUUUGGUCUGCCUCUACUUUGGGGCCAUACUUGGUUUACUGUGGGCUACCUCUGUGGGGGCCAAUCUGAUUUCUGUCUUCUUCUAAUUGUGCUAAUUUUAAGCUGCCACGCAAUCAUAAAGUAGUCUAACACUGUGUUCAAGCUAUGAAUGUAUGCCUUUUUCUGUCACAUCGGUACAACACUGUGUCAUUAAUACAACCACUGACUCCAAAGUAGGAAUUUCAUAAACACAUUUCAGAAUAAAGCCAUCAUUUUUCCUUUUUUUUUGUUGCAAAGAGCCUGUCAGAAAAUGAUCUCCAUGCUUAGAUAGUUACAGGAAAACAGCCAAGAUCAGCAGAACAGAGAGCGAGCAAACACGGCGUCAAGGUUCAGCCUUGACCCGAGGUGAGAGUGAAAUAAAUGUCUCUUCCAGUGCCAGAGUCAAUAUUUAAACACUUGUGCAUUGUCUCUGCGAGGGAGGUAACACCUAGCCUCCCCCAACGCUGUGUGGAACACAACGAGAAGAAAGGAAUGGCAAGAGAACUGUGCACUGGAUGUUAUUUUGUACACUGAUGCUGGGUAAUAGUGUAAUAGAAGAGCUUCACCCCAGUUUUUCCUCCUUUUUUAGUUGCACAAAUGGAUCAAAAUCAGCCUCUUUUGAUAGUAUGUCCUCAAAGUGCGUGAUUUUACAUAUUAUUUACAGUAUUUGCUAAAAAAAAAAAAAACAAAAACGCUGCUUCCAUAGAGACCUCUUACUAAAUGUGAAAAGAGCGACUAAGGAAAGAUCAACAUUACAUAUUAAAUGACAGCCAUCGUCAGGUGUCGGCUUUACAGUCUCAUGCUGCUUCAUAUUGAUUAUAUCCUAGAAACUAUUAAACUACUGAACAAUUACUCCCACCAGACACCUUUUUUUCUAAUUGGCUAAUGUACACAGGGCUACUGAUGGAGGUUAAAUACACCUUGAAGGGCAAACAGAGCCGACGUGAACACAGCCCAGCCUUCCUCCGAUACACGAGCUUAACUAAAAGUGGAGGGAUGCGGGGAUUUAACAGAGAUUUCUAACUCUGCUGCUGCAAGUCUUCCCCUGCUGGCGGACGAGCGGCUCAACACGAAUGUGAAUCAGCUCUCCACCCACACUCGCAGCAAUUAGUGAUGCAACUUCACCGCACACUGUGUGGAUCAGCAGGAUUUCUGGAACUUGUUUUGCUGGAUGUUUUUUUUUUUUUUGUAACAUCAAUACAGUAUCCUGUGACACUGCUUUGUGGUCACAAUGUGUUCCAGCCUCUUAUCUCAGGCGUGAGGAUUUUAUUUUGGAGUCAUGUCAACAACACACGCAUAUAUGUUCAUUAAUGGAAACGUGGACAAGAAAUGUACUCUAAUUAAAAUACUUUUGAAGUAACCUGA